AUGGAUGUCCCUGGAUUUGCCUUCAUCACCGGCGGAGGGAGCGGAAUCGGCAGGGCAAGUGCUGAAGCCUUUGCAAGGGACGGUUCCAGCGGCGUGGUCGUCACCGAUAUCAAUCUCGAAACGGCCCAGGCGACAGUCGAGGUGAUUAAAGCCGUCGCCACUCAUCCCAAUAUCAAGGCCGAGGCAAUCCAGCUCGAUGUCACAUCUGAAGAAGCCGUCAAGGCAGCCAUCGCAUAUACAUCGAAACUCUUUGGUCGUAUAGAUUAUGUUGUCAAUUCAGCUGGUGUGGUGGCUGAUACCUUUGGCCCGAUAUCAGAAACCAACUUCGCCGACUUCAAAAAGGUUCAGGAAGUCAACGUUAACGGUGCUUCCCUGGUGGCAAGUGCCGCCUCUGCCGCCAUGAAGGCGUAG